ACUCUAAUGAGAUUAGUGUUUACUAGUUACAUUCUCUGGUAUUUACAUCAUCUUUGUACUUUAGUUUUAAAAAAUGGCUGAAGGUGGUCCCAGUAAAGGCGAUAUUGAAUCAGUUUUCCAAAGAUUACGUUCGAUUUCUGCUAAUAAAGUAUGUUUCGAUUGCAAUGCAAAGAAUCCUACGUGGUCAUCGGUGACGUACGGUGUAUUCAUCUGUCUGGACUGUUCAGCAGUCCACAGAAGUCUAGGAGUACAUCUAACUUUCGUACGUUCAACCCAACUUGAUACCAAUUGGACAUGGAAGCAACUGAGAAAUAUGCAGCUAGGAGGCAACGUGAAUGCUACCCAGUAUUUUCGGACACAUGGACUGGUGACAGAAGACGCACGCCAGAAGUACAGUUCACGCGUGGCACAGAUGUAUCGCGACAAACUCAGUGCCUUGUCAGAGCAGGCUAUGAAAACAUAUGGCACCAAAUUACAUCUGGAAGCAGCACCGGUGGAGACAAAAGACUUGAAAGAGAAAAGAGAGGUAGACUGGUUUGCAGAACACAGUGACUCUACCCACACUAACACUGACUCUGUUCAGGCUCCAGUGGUGCCCUGCAACAUUAAAAUGACAGAGGAGGCGAGGCUGUGGGGUGUAACUGACACAAAGACCACAAGUUCUGGUGCUGCCAAACCUGCGAACAGACAAGGACCACGCAGGACAAUGCUGGGUGCCCGGAAAGGAGGGCUUGGUGCAACAAAGGUGUCAACCAACUUUGAUGACAUCAUAUCUGAAGCUAUUCAGGCCUCGGAGCAGUCCAAGAGUGUGGAGAGCGCCGCGGUCGCGAGUGAAGUGGACGUGAGCGCGGAAAUGGGCGCACUGAGGCUCCAGUACCGCGAGGAGGACGCACGACCGGGCCGCGACCGACUGGGGAUCGCUGCCGCCUCGCCCAGAGACAGGGCCGGAGGUGUGUCCCACAGCGCGACUCACGCCAUGCAGAGUAUCGAGCAGGAGGACGCGGGGGGCGAUGCGCCGCAACAAGACAUUGACGACUUCACCGCCGCAUUCACCAUGAUCAGAAAUGAGCCGUUCAGCAGCAGCAGAGAGUCAGAGAGCUCGAGGUCUGUCGGCGAGGGCUGGGAGAGCAUCCAACCCGAGCCCGCCCGCCCUCUGCGCAACAUGUUCUCUCCGGAUACUGACACCGCGCCAGGCUGGGGCAGCAAGCCGGCCACCGGGACAGGUGGUAGCGGCAGCGGGGCUCGGAGGACGGCGCGAAAGACGUCCGCCGUUGAAGACGAUUCCGCCGUGAAGAAGUUCGGCGCCGCCAAGUCGAUCAGCUCCGCGCAGUUCUUUGGAGAUCAGGACAACUCGGGCGGCAACGACAGCGGUCUGUCCCGGUUCGAGGGCAGCAGUAGCAUCUCGUCGGCGGAGCUGUUCGGUCAGCGCGACGCCCGACCGCCCGGCUUCACCGUGUCCGCGCCCGACCUGGACGAGGUGAGAGAGUCUGUGCGGAUGGGAGUGACCCGAGUGGCAGGCAGACUAUCCUCGCUGGCCAACGGAGUUGUGUCUUCACUGCAGGAGAAGUAUGGGUACUGAUCGACACUGCCACGCCAGCUCACUACUAAAACGAUUUAUAUUAUGUAUAAUAUGUAUAAACUCAUUGAUACAAACACAUCGACCUAAUAGACCUCUAAUAAAGGCUAACUCUCAGAUAAUAAUAGUAAGAAGCACAAACAUAAUGUAAAUCCACAGUAGCCAGUAACAAUUUUGUGAUUAUUACCUGGCCAAUGAGAAUUCAGUCCUCUACGCCCGCUCACCUCAGUUGGUUAUUUGUAUUGUUUGCAUUAUAAAUAUUUUCAGUCUACUGUGUUAUGGGGUUGAUGUGUUGAAAAAUAAACAUUGCCAUGUCUAUGUAGUUGUAAUCUUUUGUUAAAUUUAUAUUGUACAACAGUACAGUGGAAUGCUGAUAGAAAUGGGUAUUUAUGCAUACCUACAAGUAAAUUGGGUUUAUAGAAACUACAGGAGAUUGCGGAUACUGAGUGAACACUCAAUUCAACAUAACAUUGAAAUCAUGUCAAUUUUUAACCGACUUCAAAAAGGAGGAGUUUAUCAAUCCGAUUGGUAUUUUUUUUAUGUAUGUACACCGAUUACUCAAGAUUUGUGAUCCGAUUUACAUAAUUCUUCUUUUGUUUGAUGCGAAAUAGAUGCCAUUUGGUCCCAUAUUCAUUUUAUGAACAUUUAUAUGAAAAUUUUCGUCUACCUGGAUGACAUAGAUGUUUUCUGUGUACGGCCUUUUUAUGGAGUUUUCAUUCAGGUUGAUUAUAUAUAAUUAUUAACUGACACUAAAACGUAAAAAAUAAAAAAACUACGUUUAAAAAAACCGACUUCAAAAACUGAAUAGUAUCAAAUAAUUAAAAAUUUAAUACAUCUCUUCGCGUGACAUUGAUCGGGAUAGCUUCGUCUAGAACAAAACAACCCAAGCGGACAGACACCCGUGGCCAGACAACAUAAAUAAUUACAGUAAGUCAGAAGCCGUUUAUAAUAUUAAGUUUUAAAGUUAAGGGCUUGGCACUGACUUAAAACUUAUCAAUAUGUAGCAUAUACAAAUAAUAGUAUUUUUUAAUAUUAAAGGUUAAGGUUCUCAUAAGAGGUGUAUUAAAUUAAAUAUUUAGUUAUUUGAUACUUUUCAGUUUUUUUUUGAUGUAACUCUAAUACUUCUACCGCUUCGGAAACAAAUGGCGCUCUGAGAGAGAAGAAGAGACGCAUGAAACUCCAAUGUUAAAUAAAAUCUGGUUGAUGAAAGAAAAUAUAUUUUGUACUAACAAACCAGCUUGUUUCCAUCCAUCCUGGACCCAUGGUCCUUACCAUGGGGUAUACAGAAUAGCAUUGCUUAAUUACUAUGUCUCAGUCCAUAUUACUUAGUUUUGAUUGGUAUGCAAACAAUAUUAUUAUAAGGGAGACACUAAAAUAAUGGACAAUAUUAUAUACAAGUGUGUUAAACUUAAAUAAUUUUUUCAUCAUUUUUACUUGAUCUUAAAUGAAUGCAGUCAGAAUUCAACUGUACUUGGUAUGUCUUAAGGUUAUUUAUAUAUUUUUGUAAACACAAACUUAUUUAGGUGAAUAUUUGUACAGACUUUGUAGGUGUGUCUCUGUGAAAUCUUUCUGUACAUACACAUUGUGAAUAAGUUUGCAUUUAUAUAAUAUAUUUAAAUGGAAAUUCAUUAUAAUUAUUUCAAUCCCAAAUGAUUUAAGCUGUCAAUUUUAUUCGUGUGGAAUAAAAUAAAUAAUCAAUGGAGUUGAAUUAUUGUUAUUUUUUUUUAAGUGAGUGAAAUAAUAAUAAGGUUUUGGAGAUAAUGUAACUGUUUGAGUCAUAUUGAGUUAUACUGUUUGUUUUUUUUUAAAAAACAUUAUAUUAUAGACUAAUAUUUCAUUGCAUUCCGCAUUUAUUAUUAUUAAAUUUUUGAUUUUUGUUUGAAAUUAUUAAAGAUAAAUACUAUUUAAAUUGAAAAUAUUUGGAGAUUUGUAAUUACCAUACUAAUGAUUGGGCUGGGCAUUAUUUAUAAAUCAUUUCGAUUUUAUAUUAUUACGUGUGUCGGAUAGAGAUGGUCUGUAGUCUGUGAGAUACUCCGGGCCAUCCAUCCCAAAUCAGAAUGGAAGUUAUUUCAACACUAUUACUGCUUUCUAAUAACAACAUGACACCAUAUUAUAUUUAUCAUCUCGGUACCAGAAGCAUUAUUGUGAAUAUGUCGUUAUUAUAAUAAUAAUUAUCUGUUAGAUUGAUAUAAUGAAUAUUAGUAAGUAAUAAAAACGGAAAAUUAUAUUUGGA